CAUCUGCCUUCAGUUCCAGGGUCUCCCUCCGCUGCUGUAGUAACCCGGGUCCGGGGCCUCGGUGGUGCUCCUGAUGCCCCUCACCCACCCCUGAAGAUCCCAGGUGGGCGAGGGAAUAGUCAGAGGGAUCACAAUCUUUCAGCUAACUUAUUCUACUCCGAUGAUCGGCUGAAUGUAACAGAGGAACUAACGUCCAACGACAAGACGAGGAUUCUCAACGUCCAGUCCAGGCUCACAGACGCCAAACGCAUUAACUGGCGAACAGUGCUGAGUGGAGGCAGCCUCUACAUCGAGAUCCCGGGCGGCGCGCUGCCUGAGGGGAGCAAGGACAGCUUUGCAGUUCUCCUGGAAUUUGCUGAGGAGCAGCUGCGAGCCGACCAUGUCUUCAUUUGCUUCCACAAGAACCGCGAGGACAGAGCCGCCUUGCUCCGAACCUUCAGCUUUUUGGGCUUUGAGAUUGUGAGACCGGGGCAUCCCCUUGUCCCCAAGAGACCCGACGCUUGCUUCAUGGCCUACACGUUCGAGAGAGAGUCUUCGGGAGAGGAGGAGGAGUAGGGCCGCCUGGGCGCUGGGCAUCCGGCCUCUGGGGCCACCCCUUGUCAGCCGGUUGGGUGGAAACCGUAGACUCGCUCAUCUCGCCUGGGUUUGUCCGCAUGUUGUAAUUGUGCAAAUAAAUGCUCACUCCAAAUUAGCGUAUAUUUCUUGAAGUUUAAUAUUGUGUUUGUGAUACUGAAGUAUUUGCUUUAAUUCUAAAUAAAAAUUUAUAUUUUACUUUUUUAUUGCUGGUUUAAGAUGAUUCAGAUUAUCCUUGUACUUUGAGGAGAAGUUUCUUAUUUGGAGUCUUUUGGAAACAGUCUUAGUCUUUUAACUUGGAAAGAUUAGGUAUUAAUCCCCUCUAUUGCUCUCCAAAAACCAAUAAAGUGAUUACACCCGA